CACCCCAGAGCGCCGGGACCUCUGGGUCGCGCGGAGUUCCGGAGCGGCGGGGAGCUCGGGGAGGUGCCCGCGGAGGUCCGCGGGAGGCAGCUCGGGGCCUGGCGCGGAAGCCCGGGCCUGGGAGCCGCAGGCAUGCUGCGUCCCAAGGCUUUGACCCAGGUGCUGAGCCAGGCCAACACCGGAGGUGUCCAGAGCACGCUGCUGCUGAAUAACGAGGGCUCUCUGCUGGCCUACUCCGGUUACGGGGACACGGACGCCCGGGUCACCGCGGCUAUCGCCAGCAACAUCUGGGCCGCCUACGACCGCAACGGAAACCAAGCGUUUAACGAAGACAAUCUCAAAUUCAUCCUCAUGGACUGCAUGGAGGGCCGUGUUGCCAUCACCCGGGUGGCCAACCUUCUGCUGUGUAUGUACGCCAAGGAGACGGUGGGCUUCGGAAUGCUCAAGGCCAAGGCCCAGGCCUUGGUGCAGUACCUGGAGGAACCCCUUACCCAAGUAGCUGCCUCAUAAUGAGCCUUGGCUGAAGCUGGGGUCAAAAAAGAUAAAUGACCAUUUGGAGGGGCAGGGCCCCCUGGGGAAGCCUUUCCGGGUGGUGGGGGAAGGGUGAGACUUUGUUUUUUCCAAGAAUAAACUUGAACUCCUAUCUUG